AAAACUCUGCAACUCCGGUCCAGAAACUGUAGAACCACAAGACAAUGGCGGCUCAGGCUGUAGAGGGCGCAGCAGUGACGGCUCUGCGAACAGUAUUCCAGCGUGUUCGUCAGGCGGCAGAGAGAUCCGGUCGGGUGGCCGAUGACGUGCGUGUGGUGGCAGUCAGCAAGACCAAACCUGUAUCUCUCAUUCGCCGAGUCUACGAUGCCGGACACCGCUGUUUCGGGGAAAACUAUGUUCAAGAAUUCAUCGAAAAGGCUCCUCAGCUUCCUCAAGACAUCGACUGGCACUUUAUUGGGCAUUUACAGAGCAAUAAAGCAAAAUCCCUUAUUGCGGCUGUUCCAAAUCUAUCAAUGGUCCAAGGCGUAGAUAAUGAAAAGAUUGCAAAUCACCUUGAUCGUGCAGUUUCAAGCAUCGGCAGGAAGCCUUUGCCAGUUAUGGUCCAAGUCAAAACAGGGAAGCUGGUGAGAGGCACUCAAAGAAGCCGGAAAAGGCAUAUUGUCUAGAAAAGAUCUAUAAACAGAAGGAGGAGGAA